AGAUAGAUUCUUUUAAAUCAUUAGAAUAAAGUAUAGGCACUAUGUUUUUGAAAGGAACUAAGAGAAUUUGGAAUUGAUCCAUAAAUAAUUUGAUAUUUAUGAUCAAAUUAGAAAAGAAAGAUAUAUCUUUUAAAUGGUGUGUAUUAAGACUCCUUACUUGCUCCCUUCUUAUUUGACAUUUAUUUUAAUGAGCUUAUUUAAGAUUUUUUACAUUUCAAAAAGGAAUAAGAGUAAAAAAAUAAAAGAUUUUAAUUAGAGCAUGCUUUAUUAUCAUUGAUUGAAUAUGCUGAUGACUUAACAGUUGUAUUCAAUACCCAAAUACUAGAUUAGAUAACUAAUUUCUUUAAUUAGUAGGCAUAGACAUAUAAUUUUAGUGUCAAUCUUGGUAAAACGAGAAUACCCAUGAAGGCUAGUUAAUAAAGAAGUCCAUAUGGGUAAAUUCUUGUGGAAAAAACUUGAUAAAAUUUUUGGAUGUUAGAGGUGGAAUUAAAUAAUAAUUAAUACAAACUAUUGUAAAUCAUAUACUUUAGGCAUAAUUUCUAAGAUUUAUCGGCAAUUUUGUAUCCAUAAUAAUAAUAGAAAUAUGAGAGAUUAAGAAGACCUUCAUUUAAAAUGCUAUUAGGAUUAUCUAAUUCAUUAUUGGCGAAAGUAAUUGAUUCU